UAUAAAGAUUUUUUAAGGUUCAUGAAGAUGUCCAUCAACGGCAGCUCAGACGCAGAGAAGCAGGUUUCCAUAGAUCCAAGAUCCAUGAGAGAAACCACUCAAAAAUCAAGGUCAAGUCCCAUUAAAGCAUUGCCUUCGUUUCCCACCACGUACAAGUUCCUUAACACCUCCGGAUCCCUCCCGAAUUCACCUCGCAUUGGUGGUUCGUCCAGGAUCAGAGAUGAUAGUCGAAAUCAAACACCGGAUCAUAACACUUCCCUAUCUCGCUCUCCUCUCACCAGUCUUUCCAACAAUCGCCUUCAACGAAGCAAAUCUGGUGGCGAACAUAGAUCAUCUGUGCCAUAUAGUGGUUGCGAGCCUUGGGUAUCAGUUAAUACGAGUGGAGAACAAAUGUCAUCGACAAAGAAUGGCAAUGGCCAGAAUGGAAGAACCAUCGUGAAAAAGGGUAAAAAGCCUAACGACAUGGACUUCAAAUGCGGAGCUCUUUGCUUGUUCUUGCCUGGAUUUGGUAAGGGUAAGCCAGUGAGAGCCAGAAGAGUGGAGCCCGAAGGAUCCAGACAAAUAGUCUCACAGAGGAUUUCGCUUGAGAAAUUUGAGUGUGGAUCAUGGAGGUCCUCGGCUAUCCAUUGCGAUGAUGAGCAUUCAACUACUCUCUACUUUGAUCUUCCAUUGGAGCUGAUAAGAACAAGCGUAAGUGAUACUUCUUUGCCCAUGAAUUCAGCUUUUGUGUUCAACAAGGGUGGUGUGAAAGGAGUUCUUAAGACCAAAGCGGGAUCAGUGGAAAGAAAAUCACAGGAGGAUCGCCAUGUUCGCUUUUCAACAUCUUCUCCCACGUCACAACCAACAUCGCCAACGUGCAUCACACCUCGCUUGCGAAAGGCUCGUGAGGAUUUCAAUGCCUUUUUAGAAGCUCAAAGUGCAUAAAAAUGGAAAUGUUUUCUCAGAUUUUGUUUGGUUGAGUGUCGAAUCCGCUAAUAACAUGUUACCUGCCUAUGGCAUUGUCGAGUUACUAUAAACAAGCAUAUGUUGUAAAAGUUCUGUAUACAGUGUAUGGUAUUUUGCUACUACAGACGUUUCGAUAUGCAAUCAACAGAUGGUAAUAAGUGGUGAGUUAGGAAAUAACGAGUUCAUGUCGAAAGCUUUUAUUUUAGCAGAUA